AUUUCUACUUAUUUCAAAAAACGCGGUGCUGAAGAAGUCAUAUUAUUUAUCUGUGCCACUUCUAUUUAAGUUCAGUCGGCAAAUAUAGGUCAGUCGUAUUAUCGUUCAAAACUUCAUUCGUCGUUCGUUUCCUGCUGUUGUUUUCUGUCAUUGUCAACUGACCGUCAUUGGAUUUGCGAAGUUGUUUUUGUUUUUCCUCGCCGGAAUUUCGAUUGUGAUAGCAUAGGACAAAAUGUGAAUUUAUAUUAUUGUGUCAUAUAUUAUCAUAGCGGUUCAUUGUCCUUAUAAACAUCUUAACCAUUACCAAUUCGUGUUAAUACGUUGAUUGAACAGAACGUGACAGUGACAAGAUGAUCAGCUGUUCCACAUAAUUAUUUGUAUUUCAAAAACUUUUUCGAGUUAUUGUAAUCUAAAUCAUCGAUAAUAUUUUUGUAAAUACGUUAUAAAGCUAGAUAAGUGAUAAUGUGGUCUAAUUUAGAUCAUAAGUUUAAUUUCGUUGCAUUUUUCCUGAUUUACUUUUCGGCUUCCGUUGCUACACAAGAUGCAAACAUAACAAUACCAUUGAAUGCUACACUUACAUAUGACAACAAGGAACUAUAUGGAGCCUUCGUAACACUAAACGGAGAGUCGCACGUACAAGUUAACUUUAGCGACAUUAACAAAAGUUUGAACUUCAUCGUCUUCCAGGCUCACAGCCAUUUGUUAAAUAUUUCUUUGUACACAAAUGACACGAGCGGUGAACAGGGAGUUUUUGGAACGAAUCUGGGAUUGGUCAGCUUCGUCAAAUCUGUGAAAACAUUUCAUGUAGUUAAUCCUAAUAAGAAUUUGACUGCCCGAGUGUUUAUUUCAGUUCAUGGAUAUGAGGAAUUCGAUCCGAUACCAGGAGGUUGUAAUAUGGAGUUUCCAGUUCCGAUAUCCCCGUUCAUUCGAACAUUCACAUACCCUGACUACAUCUUCAUCGACGCAGCACCACCAGCCAUGGAUGAAGAUUGUAUCGUUCCUCUAAUAAAUAGUAUGGAGUUUUAUAUGAUGUACUUGCCUGACUUGAAUUUCUAUGCUGACACUUAUUUUGAUGGCAUCAGGAAAAUGAUGACUCUCAAGAAUAUUCGGAAGUAUGGGAAACUGCUCCCGACGAGCUCUUGGCCGGAAACUCGGCGUAUGUUGAGCACAUAUCCCGGCACGGGCGCAGUUUACGCUGUGGUGGCUACGCGGGUCCUUAAGAAUGAGACACGGUACUCCGUCUACGUGCCGAACCAUAGUUACGGAUGCGCUGAUGUUAUUGAAGACGGAUGCGAUAUGAUUGAUGACUGGCUAUCACAAAUAAUGUGUGCAACACUGUUAUUUGUUGGUUUGUUCGUGUGUUUCUUUGGACAUCGAUUCUUUAAGACUGAAAUGUUCCUAGCUGGAUUCUUCAGUGGUGUCAUUAUAACUUACAUACUGAUAGCUUUGAUAGCCGCUAUCGAUAAGCCUGCUCUGCUGGGAGCAGCGGCCUUAUCUGGAGUGUUCUUCGGAGCAAUAUGGUGGUUGUUCUGGUGGCUGUACGGCAUACCUGUGCUUGCAGUACUUCUGCCUUCUUUGAACUUGGGCUUUUUGUUAGCCGCGAUAUUCUACUAUAGAUUACCAGGACACCAAAUCUACCUAGAAAUGGACUUCAAUUUCUGGAGCAUAUUCGUACUAGUGGUCAUGCUAACAGCAUUAGCCGUGGUCUCAGUAAGCUACGCAGCUAAUAUUCUAUGCUGUGCCAUCCUCGGCGCGUACGCAGCCGUGCUAUCGAUCGACUACUACUUGGGAUCACAUAUGAAGUUUAUACUGAUCAAUGUGUUCAGGAGAGCUGUUGUGCCAAAUUUCAAUAAGGCCAUUUUGGCUGCACCGUCGCCUUUUGAAUGGAGAGAUUUCACGGUAACGCUAAUAUGGGUGAUACUGGCAACACUGGGGUUCACUUUUCAACACUGGUAUAACAGAGGCAGACCUCCUUUCCCCCCACCUCCUAGGAUUGUCCGGCCUAGCAUGGAACCUACUAUGUAUGGGGCCGUUGAAUACUUCAUGAGACGCGAACGAGCAACGCCCACAACACCUGCUAGAAGAUUGCAGAACGAAAGAACUGCUCUACUAGCUUAGGUACUCGUAUGACAAUAAAAUUGAAUAAACAAAGGUAAUAUCAAAAUGGGCGACAUAAAUACUGGUCUGGCGACCCGAGGACUCAGUCUAGCGACAUGACGACUCUGUCUUGCGACUUAACAAUUCUGUCUUGCAACCUAACGAUUCUGUCUGGCCACCUGACGAUUCUGUCUGGUGACCUUACGAUUUCGUCUGGUGACCUGACGAUUCAGUCUGGUGACCUGACGAUUCAGUCUGGCGACCUAACGAUUCUGUCUGGUGAUCUUCUGAUUCCUUCUGGCGACCUAACGAUUCAGUCUAGCGACAUAGCCAUUUAGUCUCGCUACUUUGAAUUGUUCGUUUUAUCCGAUACAGUUUCUGAUCUGAAGUCGCCGAGAUGAUUUGGCAGGUCGCCUUAGUAUCUAGAAUGAGUUAGGGUUACGUAUUACCUACCGUUAAAUAGGCCGACAUGACUAGUCUUAUUUAACUGUUCUUUUUGCUCAUAAAAAUAGUUUUUGAACUUACGUAAAUUGCAAAAGAAAAGAUCUCUUGAACAAAACCGCUUCGCACAGAUUAUAAAGACUUGUAGUUUCUAUUACCUGACUGUCAAGAAGGGUUUUGACACUAAUCUUCUAAUACUACUUACUGGCCAUAUUUCCAAAGAUAUUAAUUAAAUGUUUAAUCAACUAACUACAUUGUUAUUACAUUUUAUAUGUCUAGAUUAUGCUGUUCGACCAUUUUUGCGUAUUUUUAAGCGUUUAUCAUUUAGAUGUAACCAGUCUAUAAAAAAAUACUGAUUUGUAUGUGACAUAAAAGAGACUGAAUUUUGCAAAUUGUGGUUAAAGAAUAUUUUUUAAGACUGGGUAUGUGAAAAUGAAAACUACUUUCUAAGAAUAUAGUCAUUAGUGAAUACACCAAAAUAUGCUAAUAUAUGUACCUUUUUAUAAGAAUGCCUUGCAAUGCUCGCUUGAAAGUCCAUUUUUCUAUUUAAAAUUUAAAGGCAUAAAAACCAAAAUUAUGAUAUUUAGAUAUGAAAAAAAAUACUCUUCAAUUUAUACUCUGUACUCUAGUUUAAUCUAAGUAUGUUAAAAAAAAUAAUUCGACGAUCAAAAGGGCUUAAUAUUGUAUCAAAUUGAACAGUUAAUCGCCUUCUUAUUAAUAUGAUUAUAAGCUAAAAUUUCUUCUUCCAAUUCCAUAAUUUAUUACUGUAGCAAACAUAAGCUUAUAUUUAAAACAUAUCAUGAUAACCAGACAUAUUGUAAGACUGUAUAUCUUGUGAUUUUAUGUGUAAGUGUGGACAAGAAGUGUAAACAUUCCCAUUUAACGCUAAUACAUUUUUGUUUAAUUUUUUA